CCGCCGCGAUGCUCGCCCCCUACCACCUCCAGCCCCUCAUCCCGCAGCUCCGCCCGGCACCAGACCUCCUCCAGUUCGAUACACAGCACAGCCUCGCGCCCCGCUCCUCCUCGCCUCCCCAGUCGCCCGUCCGCAGCAGUAACAACAACAAUGAACACAGGGAGAUCAGAUGCGUGGAAGGCUACGGCUACAAUCUCUACGUCGGAGCCUCUGACGGUACAGUGGAGUGGUGGGUCUGCGAGGGAUCAAUGUAUCCGCAGGCAAAUGGGUGGGUGAUGCGGCAUAAACAUACUCUGUUCCCUCGCAGGCCAGUCAGUAAGAUGUACAUCCUCCCAAAGGUAUCCAAGCUUUUUGUGAUAUCCGACGGCACAAUGCAUGCGCUCACUCUUCCAUCCUUGGAAGUCGUUCCAAGUACUAUAAUACCGACCAUGCGAGGUGUAGUGUCCGUUAUACUGAACGAUGACGAGCUUGAUUAUGGACAGGGGUCAGAGGAAAAGACGGAUAUGACUGUCGUCAUUGUUCGUCGACGAGUUCUUGGGAUCUAUAGGCUUGGAAACAGGCUUCAAUCCAUUAAAGAAAUACCGCUUCCAUCAGCUCCCACUGCCCAUGCUCUGUUCCAAACCUAUCUCUGUUGUGCGCUGCUCUCUCCCGAGACAUCUCAAAUAGUCAACUGCGUCGUCGACCUAUCAGAUGCGUCACUCACAGAGGUACUUCCCGUAUCCCAAGUACCGCCUUUGGAAGGAGAAGGAGGUGAAGGCCAGGAAGCAGUGAAUGCAAACAUCGUGGUAAUCCCUGACGAAAAGGAAUUCCUCGUCACUAGUUAUACCGGAACAUCAACGAUGGGCGUGUUCUUAAACGGGCAGGGUGAUCCAGUAAGAGGAACGAUCACAUGGACGAGUCACCCAUUGUCGAUAACUGUCGAGUCAAAUUGGAUCAUAGCUUUACUUUCUGACCAAACCAUAUCUAUCCACUCCCUAUCAGAUUUGGACGGCCCCGCUCAAGUCAUAUCGCUCCCACCUGGAACAAACGCUACGUCUUUGAGUUAUUCUCCUUACGGAGUGAGGGUCAGCGAUGUGUUUAGCGGAGAAAAAUUGAAACCCUCCAAAAUGAGGUUUUUGAGCGGCAAGAUUGCCCCUACGGUUGAGAGCCCAGCCACUGUUGAGGAACAUGGUAAAAGACAAGGAGACUCGAUAAAAGAAAAGGAAGAUGAUCCACCUGCAGGGUCCGGGCUCACACCCCCGUCCUCUCCCAAGCCAACUUUAGAACAUACUGCAGACAAGUCUCCUGCAUUUAUAACAGCAAUGUGUGAAACGUUUCUCGUCACCCCAUCCUCCAUUCUUUCACUCAUUCCAACUCCUGACAUCAUGCUUCUCGAAAACCUAUGUGAAGAACACCAGCUGAGUGAGGCUGCAUCGCUGGUAUCUGAUAUCCGCCGUCGCUACCGCAAGGGAACUAUUGAACCAUCGCCUUCGCCUAUUGACACCCUCAACGCUUCACAUCUCAUUCGUUACUUGUCCCUCGUCCUUGCUUCACAUCUCACACUGUCUGCAUCAUUUGAAAAGGCUGCAGAGUACUGGGUCAAGGGAAAGGUGGAUCCGAGAUGGGUCGUCCGGUUGUUUGAGGGGUUGAGAGGAAAGAUGAUCGGCUCAGAAGAAGAGGGAGAGAUAUUCUCUGGAUUGGCAAAUACUUUUAUGGACAUGGAUUUGGUGGAUGAUUCGAUAGCCUCAUCCAUCAAGAGAAACUACUCUCCUCACCUCACUCCAUCUACGUCUCUCUCCCCAGCAUCGACUGAUCUCCGACAAGCGUUGGAAAACGAAGCCAACAAGAUGCUAGCAGAAGUAUUGUCAAAAAUACGCGGCACCCGAAGAAAAGGUGGAGGUGCCAGAGGUUUGGAUAGUCGGAAAAUUGACAUGGUGGUCGACACUACACUCGCAAAAUUGCUGACUUUGCUUGCCAAUGAUUCCCAGGAGCCUACAGAGCAGCUGUUAGCGCUUCUAUCUUCCUCAAACGAUAUCAUCAUGUCCGAAGUGGAACCUUUCUUGGAGAAGAGAAAGUAUGUCCUCGCAAAAGUCAAGGAGAAGAAUGGAGAGUGGGGAAGAGUGCUGGAUAUAUUACGAGAAUUGGUGGAAAGUGGAGACCAGGACCCCAUGUGCAAAGAUCCUGUGCAAGAAGUGGCCUUGGCUCUGACGAACGUUCAAGAUGUGGAUACAUGGACAGAUCACGUGCUAUGGCUGACAGCGAAAAGACCCGAGAAAGCCCUUGAUGUGAUUAUCAACCAUCCUCCAGCCACUCUAUCCCCCGCGAAUUUCCUUCCUCGUCUCCAGCCCUAUCCCGAAACGCAUCAAGCAUACCUUGAACAUAUUGUAGUCAAGCAGCGGUCUCCAUCUCGAGAUCUGCAUCAACAACUCUUGUGCUCCUUGCUCGACGAAAUUCAGCGUACAAUAGUAGACGAUGGCGUCAAAUACCAUUUGGAUGAACUGCAAGAAGAGUAUAAGAAGGAGACUGAAAGGAUUGCAGGGAUCAAGGGCAAGGAGCGGGAAACGUUCAUCUACUUCUUUGCUCGCCUGGCACCAGACACACCCAUAAAGAGGCUGAGACUAAAAUUGGCCUUCUUUUUACACGGCUCACCCUUCUACGACAUCACUCAAGCAGAGCAGCGACUUGAAGGGAUGGAGCGUUUGGUAUAUGAGAAGGCCAUCGUCUACGGAAAGUUAGGGAAGCAUAGGCCAGCCCUCCAACUUCUUGCGCUCACCCUGUCUGAUCCGUUGAGCGCACAGACAUACGCAACCGCCUCGGGCGAAAUACUCCCACCUCGUCUAGCUCGAUCUGCAUCGUCCAUCAGCGGUAUUGGGGCACUCGAGGCUUGGGCUACUUUGGGAGAGGUUGGCAAACGGAAAAAGGUCAAAGAUGACGGAGGAAAGCUGGAAGAAGCACUAGUCCAAGAUCUCUUGGAUGUUUACAUGCAGGAUGGCACACCACUUUCCCUUCACUGUGCAUCUACACUUCUAAACACCCUUCCUCAUCUUCUUCCGCUAUAUCCCAUCCUCGGAUCAAUGCCCGCAUCUUGGCCAUUAAAUAUCGUGUCACCGUUUUUUGUUCGUUCCAUCAGGAGAGGGACGCAUAAACGAUGGGAAGGGAUGGUGAGAAAGGGAAUAGCACGAGGAGAAUUCGCAGAGGUUGAGGAAAGAUGGCUAGAAGAGAUGAGAGGGAUGGUAUUCUCGUAUAAUCCCAUAAGACGGAAUCAUUCUUAAUUACAUAUUUAUUUAACAGAUAUAAGAUUCGA